AUGCAUUUAAGUGGUAUUACUGAGCCAGAGCAAGGCAUUUUACUACAGUUUCAGUACCCUGAUGGUUCCAGGAAAACGAGGAGAUUUUUGGAGUCUCAACCAGUUCAGGACCUGUUUGCCUUUGCUGGUUCAGACAAUAUGGCUAGUGAAGUGUUUUCUGUACAACUGGCCUGGUCAUCAAAUCAGAUACUUAGCACUGCUGAUGGCAGCCUCUCCAAUCAUGAUAUCAGUAGCCCCUCAACCUUGUACGUGCUUUGGAUGUCAAGUGUUCAAAUAGAGGGAUUAACUGCAUCCAGUGGUGAAUCUUCAGAUAUCCAGUCAACUGCUGCUCAGAACCUAGCAAACAUUCAGGUCCCCACCCAGUCUUCAGUAGAGUAUAUUGGCUCCUCUCCCAGUCCACCUCCUGUUCUUCCACUACCAGCUGUCCCUUCUUCUCCCGUUCUUCAACCACAACAGGAAACUAGUUGUUCACCCUCAAUACCACUAUGUGAAGAUUCAGAAGAUGAGGAGAUUGUGGAAAUGCUAACCUCACCUGUGCAUUCUGACUUCGAAGAUAUUGAUGAAGUUACCACUACAGAUAUUCUUAGGAAAUUUCAGAAAGACAAUCUUGAUUUGGAGGACAGAAUGAUUGUUGUGGCCAGACGAAGAAAGAUUCUGCACAGUGCAUGUACUGCAUUGAAAAGCAGCUACUUUGCUUGGCACAAAUCACCACAAAUUGAGUUUGUUGGUGAAAGUGCUGAUGAUUAUGGGGGACCUCGUAGGGAAUUUUUCAGGCUUUUAAUGCAGGCUGUUCAGUCUUCAUUUGGAGUUUUUGAGGGGAAAACAGGCAAGAUGUUUUUUACUUACGAUCAAUCAUCUGUGGAGAUGAGAAGAUAUUACACUGCAGGAAAGCUGAUUUCUUGGUCUCUGAUGCACGGAGGAUCAGGAGUUAAAGCACUGGAUACCACAUUAUUCAAAUUAAUGUGUGGUCAAAAAGUUACAACAGAGGACUUUGACUGGCAUGACCUCCCAGAUAGUGAAACUCAAGAUAAAGCACGACAGGUAUAUCUCUGUCAGACACAAGAUGAAUUGAAUGGAAUACAAUCCAGCCUUGGUGAAUGGAUUGCUGACUGUGGUGUUCCUGGAAUAUACAGUGCAAAACCUAAAGAUAUGAGACGGAUAUAUGGGCAGGUGAUAAAACACUACAUGUACCUCAGAACAGCAGACAUGAUUAAUCAGUUUAAGGAUGGCAUGAACUCUUGUGGCAACUUAUGGAAAGUUGUUGAAAGAAACUGGAAGGCUUUCCUUCCAGUGUUUACCAAUCAGCAGAAGCCACUCUCCAGAGAGGAUUUCAGAGCUCUCUUUACAAUAUCCUGGAGUGAGGAGGGAAGCAACCUUAAAGAUAAAGAGGAAGAUACAAUCUUCUGCUGGGAGUUAUUACUGAAUACAAUUCAGGAAAAACAAUCAAAAAUAACCUUUGAGGAGAUCUUGACAUUUGUAACUGGAGCAGACAGUAUUCCCCCAUUGGGCUUUCAAGGACAACCAACAAUUGACUUCUACACACAAGAAAAUCGCAGACUUCCAUUUGCAUCCACAUGUGGCAUGGUUCUGUUUUUACCUAGAGGCAUUCAAGAAGAAGAGGAACUAGCUGACAUGCUCAACACAGCACUCAAAGGGUACCUUGGAUUUGGAAAAAUUUAAAUUAACAAAUGAGAUAAAUGCUUCCAUUCUAAAAUGUUCUAACAGAAUAUUACAACAGGAGUUAAAGUUGUUUGCAAACUUUCUUAACAAGUUCAAAAAUAAGUUCAAUGUUGAACAUCAGAAUGUUUUGAAAAUAGCCAAUUUAAAGGGUAAGACCCUUCUGAUGGACAUUAAGUAGAAAGCAAAGCACUUUGGACACUAAAAACUGCUGGGCAUUAA